GGGAAUGGCGAGUCACGAACAUAGGUGCCGCAUAUCCUAUCCAGUUGCCUGGCCCUGUAUCUAGCUCUAACACUAGCCCUAGUCUUUAUACUGAUGACAACACUAAUCUUAGGCUUAAUGCUAACACUGGCUCUAACACUCACCCUAGUUUUUACAUUAAUCUAAACACUAACCCUCGGCUUAACGCUAAGGACUCUUUAUGUUCCUGCUAACUCCAACACGAACCAUCGUACUGACCAUAGCCUUUACGAUAACGUUUGCCCUCCUGCUGACACUAACCCAGGGUAGCUGGGUGAGAGAGAGAGAGAGCGGCACCUCGUUCAAACGAGGAAACGUCUCUUAGCAACUUGCACUUACAACAGGAAACAGAGGGCCGCAACGGCAUUAACAACAGCAGCAACAGAGGAGUAGCAGAGGGAGCAGCAGUUAUAGAAAUCGCAAAUCCUGUAGCAGCAUCCGAGGUAGUUGGAGUAGAGGCAGCAGUAGCCUGGAUAGUAGCGGCAGCAUCAGAAGCAGCAGUGAAAUCGGCAACAAUUACGGUAGCCACAGUCGGAGCAGGGAUAGCAGCAGAGGUAGCUGCAGAAGCAGCAGCAGAAAAAUCAGUUGCAAGGGUAACAUCAGCAGCAGAAGGAUGAGCAGCGUGCAGGUUUUGUUGCUGGUGUGCGAUGGUCAUCAAACAUCGGCGUCGAGUGUUUCUGCAAAGGGCGGAGAGGAGUGAGAAGAGACGAGAUUUGAAUCUCGAGGAGGGUGUCGACACUUCCGGAGAGGUUUACACAAGCACGGCAAGCCGGGUCCAGGGUACUCGGUGUGAAGAUCCCGCAGUCCAACGUUACCCAACGACGGAACACUUGCUCGCGUGACACGACGGCGAUCCCAUGACACGGGGACGGAGCGCGACGAGCAGUUGAUGGAAGAAAAGAAGAAAAAGAAACAGGAAGAGCGACACAGGAAGAAGGGCGGCUGCUCGCAAAGGGCGGCCGCAGGUGAGGAUGCACUGAGAGCAGUGACGGCCGGAGCCAGCGACCCUGAGCGAGGCCGCGACCCGGGGGUCGGGCGUGGCGAUGCCAAGGCGCCGUCUGGAGUCCCAGACAAGCAGCCGAGAGCGGCGCUGGCAGGGGGUGGCAAAGGGACAGGAGGAGGGCAGCGUGACUGGGCGCCGUCCGACUCCGCUGCUCCACUGCCUGCUGCAGCGGCGCAAGAACGCGGAGCGGACCGUGGCGUGACACUGGUGCCACAGGCCCGGGACGCUGUUGGGCAAGCCGCGGGCAGCGACGAAGAACGGCGAGGGGCGUGCGGUGAAGCCCGAGUGGCCAGGCUCCCUAUUCACCAAGGAACAGCGAUGGCUCCAAUCCGAGACGCAGGAUCCCAUUCGUCAACCCAGGCUGGGCUGAGCCAGGGUAGCGGCGGCUCCCAGCGCGAGGGCUCGCCCCCGUGGGGGUCCCCGUCCUCCCUGUCAUCCCAGGGGGAGGGGGAGCCCAGCCUGCGCGCCGUCUGGGAGUCUGUGAUCGUGGACGGCUCGGACCGUGAGGCCUGGCCGGCCCUCUCUCCCCAAGACGCGACGGCACCCGGAGACGGCAAGCGGCAGCCGGUUCCGGCCGACACCACAACAGCUGUUACCACGACGUCCACAGCGUCGGCGACAGUGACCUCGGAGCGCGUCGCUAUGGAGGGGCGCAGUGACAUGGGCCACUGGGAUGCAUGGGAUUCCGCCGAUGCCGGUCCCUCUGACCCUGCCAUGUGGACGGCCCCCACUGGGUUCAGUAGUCGCCAUGGCUACAGCCUCAAUGGACGCAAUGAGCACCGAGAGAAGGGCCGGCCAGACGGGCCUGGGCGGCUCUUCUCUAGCGAUGCGUGGGAAAGGCCACAGGCUCGUGGCUUAGAUGGCGUCGAGGGGCCUGGUCCAUCGUCCUGGCGCCCGGGCAGUGAGGCCGAGCUAAGCUCAGGCUGGGGGGCAACAGAAGCCAGCUCCGCCACCACCCCCUGGAGUCAGCAGCAGCAACAGCCAUUCAGCGCUACUGGACAGGGGGAUGGCAGCGAUGAAGAUGACGACGAUGAUGAUGAUAAUGGCAACGUGAAGCCAGAGGGGGAAGGGACGCAGGUAAAAGCGGAGGGCACGGCUGCCGCAUGGCCCGGUCAGGGCUGGGCUUCAGAGCCGGGCCCGGCCGGUAUCGUGCAGGGCAAAGAACCUGGCGAGGAAGUGGGGUCGGUGACGGCGGCGGAACAACCCUCCGAUGCGCUGGUGCCCUCCCGGGACUAUGACCCCCGCGUGCUCUCUAACCUGGGCUGGGGUCAGACCCCUGUGAAGCAGAACGCUGCCUGGGAAGCCGAGGAGCUGCAGAGGAGCCAACAGGACGCAGGCAGCUGGAAAAGCCCGGAUGAGGGCCCAUCAGGCACUCUGGGCCAUGCUGGUGGGACCGGGGGUGGUUGGGAUGAGGGAGGCGGGAGCGGAAGGGGUCCUGCCUGGGAGGAGAACAAUUGGCGGGGUGAGCGAGGUGAACGGGGUGGAUGGACAGGAGGAAAUGGCGGUGGUGGCCGUGGUGGCGGUGGUGGCUACCCUGGUGCGAUCAGUGGUGGUAAUAGCCGUGACAGCCCUAGUUGGGACUCGGAGUCUAAGACAGUCGCGGCGAGUGUCUACGGAGCCAGAGGUCGGCAGCAGCGGCCCGGCUGGGGUGCAUCUGGCCCCACUUCCACUCCCUCUGGGAACUGGGCUCAGGACUGGGAGAACCGGCAAGGUGGCGGCGGCGGCGGUGGCGGUGGCCGCGGCGGCGGCGGUGUUUGGGAUGGAGGGGAAGACCGCGAGGUCCUGGGUGGCGGUGGAGGUGUCAUCCCCAGCGGCGUGGGUAUGGGGAACAGUCCCUCAGGCCAGGGCUGGGGGGAGGUGGAGGGGGGCACCUGGAGGCCCCCCGGCAGCUGGGAGGAGUCACCGGCAGAUUCUCUACGACGCCGGCCUGCGGUGGACGACGGGACGUCUGCCUGGGGUGACCCAGACGCCUACAACUAUAAGCCGGUUAACAUGUGGGGAGGCCGUGGGGAGGCCGGGCUGCCGGGUGGUGCCAAGCAGGACCAACAGCGGCGCUCGCCUAUUCCUGGCGCAGGACCCAGGAUGCGACGUGAUGGUUGGGAAGGCCCAGGAGGUGGCCCCCGCCCCGGAGGUACCGGGGGGCCGCGAGGCUCGAGCUGGGACGAAGACGAGGCCGAGAUCGGCAUGUGGGGAGGCGGCAGUGAUGUCGGUGGCCACGACCCGGGGUUCCACUACCAGGGCUCGUCGGGGUGGGGUGGCCGCAGAGCUCCUCCACACCGGGGUCCUCCGCGGGGCAUGAAUCGUCAUGACGAUGGGAGGAUGCAGAGACUCACUCGGCAACUCAUGGACAUGGGCUUCCCUCGAGACCCGGCAGAGGAAGCUCUCAAGACGAACAGCAUGAACCUGGAUAUGGCGCUGAGUGCGCUACUCGACCGGAAAGUGGAUGGCACUAAACGCGGCAGUGUUGACUUCAGCAAGUUUGGGCCGCGACACCCGCUAGCCAAGGAGGCUCCCCUCGAUCGCUCCGCCUUCUUCCCAGACAAGGGUUCUGGCCUGUUCGGUGGGGGGUGCAAUGUCCCCCCAUCCCGCGGAAUGGGCCACGGCCCCUCCCCUGCACAGCUGAGGGCUCAGGCGCCGCCCCCAUUUGUCAACCCGCAGGUGCCUGCAGCCCAACUCUUGCAGUACGCCAUGAAGAAUAGCGGACUGAACCCCGCGCUUCUGCCCCAGGUGACGCCGCAGACUCUCGCCUCGUUCAGCCAGCUCAACCAGCUGCAGCUCCAGGCGUAUCAGCAGCUGCUGCUGCAGCAGUGCCCGCGUCCUCCCGGUGCUGCCUUCCGCCACCAAGAGCAGCAGGUGUCGCGCAACAUCAGUGCCAUGCAGCAGCAGCAGCAGAUCCAGCAGCGGCAGCUGGCGCAGCUCUUGGGCGGCCGUCCUCCCGGUCCUCCUCCAGGACCCGCUCACGGCCCCCCAGCCUCCUCCAAACCCCCACCCCCCCUGGAUGGCCUUUCUCCUACCUCUCUUCUCGACCCCUCAGCCUUUCCCAUGCACCCAGGAUCAGAAGGUCAAAGGUCUCCAGCGUUUCAGACACUUCAUGGCCUACCCUUUUUACCCGGCAAUGUCAUGGGGGCUGGGCCGGGUCCGAUGGGGGGAGGCUCAGGGGUGAUGGGCGGUCCUGGGGUGAUGGGGGGAGGCAUGGGUGUGAUGCCAGGGGGAGGAGCUCCCUAUGGGCGGGGGCCCAGCCUUGGGUCACCUGGACGGCGGAAGAGCUGGAGACAGGGACAGCCACCAGGAGAUCGCAGGGGCUUCCCCUCCUCGCUGGGCGUGGGUGAUUUGGGCGGGCCGUUGCCAGGGGGGCCGGCUUCCGUGGCCGUGGGGAGCUCCCCGCGGGAUGGCAUGCAGCCCGGGCAGUCACGCCUACGCCGCUGGACCCUGCCUCACAGCCUGGACGGCUCUGGGGAUGGGGGUCCCUCCAUGGACCACGGCGCUCCCUGCAAACAUGACUCUCCGCUGGAUGACUCUCCCUUUGACCCCUACGACCUCUCACCCUGCCGGGAUAUGACAUCCGACCCCUCGGAGUGCUGGUCCAGCUCAAAGGCGCCUGGAGAGAAGGUGUCAAACGGAGCGAGCUCAGGGAGCUGGCCGCCCGAGUUCCACCCUGGGGAGCCCUGGAAGGGACUACAGAGCCCUGAGGAUAGCCUUGACCCCAGCGAUACCGGUGACCCCAGCAGCCUAACCUCCAGCAGUCAGGCCGACCGCUGCAUGUUCCCAAGCGUCAGCCCCGUGGCUGUAUCAGCUGGCGGUCCCCCUGCCUCGCCCCCGCUGCCCCCCACCGCCCUGCCUUGCUCGAGUGCCUGGUCCCUGGGUGGGGGCUCCGCCUCUCCCAGUGUGUACCGGCGUGCGGCCUACGGGGGCGGCGGGGGCUCCCCCUCCGACCUGAGCGCCACAGCCAAGCUCCAUGACAUCAAGUCAUCGUGGUCCACCCUAGGCCAGGCCCGGCCCUCGUUAACCUCUCACGACCCUUGGAAGGUCCCCAAAAGCCAAGCCCCUCCACCGCGACCGCCACCGGGACUGACCAAUCAGAAGCCCACUUCACCCUGGGGCGGACCUGGGAACCUGUGGGCCAAUGCCGAGUCAAGAACUUUGACCCCAGGAGGAGCCUGGGAUAACGAGGUAGGGUCAGCACCAGGGGGAGGCAGGAACAGUGCCUGGUUGGUGUUGCGCAACCUCACCCCACAGAUCGACGGCUCGACGCUGCAGACUCUGUGUAUGCAGCACGGGCCGCUCUUGACCUUUCACCUCAACCUGCCGCAGGGCAGUGCCCACGUGCACUACAGCUCGCGCCAGGAGGCCAGCAAGGCACAGAAGUCCCUGCACAUGUGCGUGCUGGGUAACACGACGAUCGUUGCGGAGUUGGCAAGCGAGGAGGAGGCGAGUCGCUACCUGGCCCAGGGCCAGUCCCCGAUGGUUCCCUCCAUGGGUCCCCCGUCAACCCCAUCUGGGUGGCCAACCGGCCCAGCUCAGCGUUCGGCUCUGGGGGCAGGGGUCACUGCAGUGCCACCCCCCUUCAGCCGGACCAGCGGGGGUGGCAAUGGCAUUGUGGGUGGGAGCGGUGGGGGCGUGGGCCUCGGACGCUGGAACAGCGACAUGCCCCCUCCCUCCCCAUCCCUCUGGGGGGCCCCGCACUAUGGGACGGACACCCUAUGGGGGGUGGGGGCCCCCAAGGUGGGGCAUGAGGAGCCACGGAGCAUCCCUGCCUCAUCCCCGCUGCUGCCUGGAGACCUGCUCGGUGGUGGAGACACCCACUAGAAUUCUCCCAAACCCAAGACCGUGCUGUUAAGUCUACACUACUUUUGUUAUUUUUAUUUCAAGUGUUUAUAUUUUAACUCGGGUUCCACAUUGAAGUGCAGUGAAAUGUGGAACACCGUACUUCACAUAGCGUGUACUGUAGGUAUACGUUCUCGUACGUUUUGUAGGUUCGUCCGAUAUGUUUUUUUCAUUUUUGUUUUCCAAAAAACAUAUCGUCUUGAAUACUUGAAUCGUGCAAGCCAAUGCUGAAAUGUGAAAAAGGUAAAAAAAAUGUUAAUGAUGACGUUGUACUCUCUUCCAAGAUGUCACUUCUCCUUCUCCCAUGAGAUGGAGGCAUUGGUACACGGCUGUGUGUUCGCCCCCCUGUCUGACGGGCGAGCCCACAGGGGCAGCCUGGGGACUCCCAGCUCCUUACUUUGCACUGAAUGCUGGUUGGGCUUUUUUCUCUCCUUACCAACGCAAUACGGGCGUCGUGCGUACGCAUUUGAAUGUUUACCGAAGGGGAUUGAUUCACCGUCGCUGGUGACACCUUUCACACAUCUCGGAGUGAAGAUGGUUGUGUGCGCGUGCGUGUGUGCAAACGUGUGUGUGUGUAUAAGUGUUUUUUUUAAAUGACGUUUCAGUUUAGUAAAAAAAAAAUUUGGAUAAAUAACACAAAUUUAAAAAUAUAUAAAAAAUACAAAAAAAAGUUACAGCUUGUAUUGAUUGCACCAUGUUAUUUACACACAUAAAAUACAAAAGAGAAUUAAACAGAAUGCUAAUGGGUGGCCCGUGGACGGCAACAAAGGCCGAGCUGCCCGCCACCAGUGACAGCACUUUAACUGUUGACGGUGACGUCAGGGGCAUGGAGUCCUUAUACCGAGUGUUUACAGCCCAUACUAGUCGUCGUGUGUCCGUAGUCAUGGGUUCCUUUAGUAAUUUUUUUCUAUAUAUUUGUUUCCUUCUUGCAGAGAAAGUUUACUCUUCCAUAAUAACGGGGGGUGGGGGGGGGGAGAGCUGAUUUAAAACUCAGUUCAAAUCAUUGGCUCAUGGCUGUAGAACGCAUACUAAGGUAACACGUAUUCCAGUAUUUUUAUUUCUUUUUUUACUUCCAAAAAAAACAAAAAGAUGACUAAAACUGCGUUCCUGGUUCUCAGGAAACCUCGCUGAAACACUGAGUCAGAAAAAAAAAAAUAAACCUUUCAGGAUGUUACAAAGAAAGGAAAAUAAAAACAAGUUUUUAAGAAGUGUAUGAAUUAAGAUUAUAUAUAAAAGUACAAAAAAUCUUUAAAAAUAAAAUUAAACAAGCACUGACAUUGCAGAGUAUUCCACAAACCCUGGUCCCUGGUUCCUGCCAAAUGCCAGAAGAAUAUCGGCUGGUGAUCCUGUUUGAGGGGGCACACCCUCAAGCCCACCCGGGUCCCAUGGGGCACGGGCCUCGCACUAUGCAUCUCCUUAGAGGCAUUUAGAUUAAGAAGAAUCUGUUUUGUUGUUGGGCUAUCUAAAAUGCUCAUGCUUGGUUACACAUAAUGUUUGAGGAGUAUUUACAGUUUUUUCAUUGUUGUUUGGGGAGGGGGGUGGUUGGAUUAGUGUUGUAUUAUUUUAUCGUUUUGCUGAAGAAGAAAAAACCGUUUCCUUUCGAUGCAGCAUUUUCGUGCGGUAGGGUUACUGUGUUUUUUGCCGAGUUGUGCGGCUCUGAAACGUUGAGUUUUAAAACGCUGAGCAAAAAAAAACGAGAUAAGAAAGCAUCAAACGUGUUUGCCUUGUGACAUGAAAACGUGAAUCAAUGCAGGGUCCUGAGAGACCCGACCUGCAAAGACCUCCGCUUACCUAUUUUGUGGGACGUGAGCGGGAGAGGCACUCUGAAUUACUGGUUUAAUGGAAAAAUGUUAUCUUUUUGCUGCUUAAUAUUAAAAUCACAAAAAUACA